GAUCCAGGUCAGUCCGGAAUUGAAGCUGAACUUUGAGAAGAGAGACACCCCAGCAAGACUCAGGAGUCUUACAACUUCUUACCUUCAUGGGCCAGACGGCCCUGGCAGGGGGCAGCAGCAGCACCCCCACCCCACAGACCUUGUAUCCUGAUCUCUCUUGUCCUGAGGGUUUGGAGGAGCUGCUGUCUGCGCCCCCUCCAGACCUGGGGGCCCAACGGCUCCACGGCUGGAACCCUAAGGACUGUUCAGAAAACAUCGAGGUCAAUGAAGGGGGGUUGUGCUUUGAGCGGCGGCCUGUAGCCCAGAGCACUGAUGGGGUUCGGGGUAAGAGAGGCUACUCCAGGGGGCUGCACGCCUGGGAGAUCAGCUGGCCCCCAGAGCAGAGGGGUACCCAUGCUGUGGUGGGCGUGGCCACGGCCCUUGCCCCGCUGCAGACUGACCACUAUGCGGCGCUGCUGGGCAGUAACAGCGAGUCAUGGGGCUGGGACAUUGGGCGCGGAAAGCUGUACCAUCAGAGCAAAGGGCCAGGGGCCCCUCAGUAUCCAGCCGGACCGCAGGGUGAACAGUUGGAGGUGCCAGAGAGGCUGCUGGUGGUUCUGGACAUGGAGGAGGGAACUCUGGGCUACUCUAUUGGGGGCACCUACCUGGGGCCAGCCUUCCGUGGACUGAAAGACAAGACCCUCUAUCCAGCAGUAAGCGCUGUCUGGGGCCAAUGCCAAGUUCGCAUCCGCUACCUGGGGGAGAGGAGAGCGGAGCCUCACUCCCUUCUGCACCUGAGCCGCCUGUGCGUGCGCCAAGCUCUGGGGGAUACUCGGCUUGGCCAGGUAUCUGCUCUGCCUCUACCCGCUGCCAUGAAGCGCUACCUGCUCUACCAGUGA